AUGCGUGGCCUUCUGAGGUUCGUAGCCGGUAACGUGUUCUAUCCCGUGAGCCAGAACUACACCAUAGUGCGACGUCCAUGGCAAACCUUCUACAGAUGUAAUGCCUACCCGACCGUCGUGGUGCAAGCAAAGAAUGCCAAUGACGUGAUACUGACCCUGCAGUACGCAGAGGAGAAUAAACUCCAAGUGGCGGUUCGCAACGGAGGGCAUUCGUUCGCAGGAAUAAGCAGCUCAUCUGGCUUAGUCCUGGACGUGUCUUUGAUGAAAGACAUUCGCGUCACAUCAGAAGAAGCCGACCUCCUACCACUAGUGAGAGUCGGCGCCGGUCAGGUGAAUUUCGGUGGGUAUUACGAACUGGCAAAAUUCGACUUAACCCUUCCAGCGGGAGGCUGUCCGAGUGUAGGAAUCAGUGGUCUUACUCUCGGUGGCGGCUUUGGCAUUUUGUCCAGAAAAUGGGGCCUCACAUCCGACCAAGUGUACUCCAUUGAGGCUGUCGUGUAUCAAGACCAAUCCUACAAAGCAGUGACAGUAAAACCCGACAAUCAGUAUAGUGAUUUGUUCUUCGCAUUCCGUGGCGGCAUGGGUGGGAAUUACGGUGUCGUCACCAGCUGGACGUACCGUGCCCAUCGCAUAGAGACCGUCUAUACAUCCACGUUUAGCCUCGAUUUAGUCGCCGCUAGAGCAGCUAAGUUAACAUUUGACCCCAACGCUUACAGGCAUAUUGUAGACGCUAUCGGUAACUUUUCCUUCUGGUGCGAUAUUGUAAGUGACAACACGAAUUGCGAGAUGGCCAUAUCAACCACACCAUUGCCCACAGUGGAUCUUGAAGGACCAGAGGCAGCGAUCGCGCAACUGGCCAAAAGCGUCAAUCUGGAGACCUACUGCAUUUGCAAUAGACGCGAUUGUAGCGCAUGCAGAGAAGAAGUAAACCGGCUGGCGCGCGUGCUGAGAGACGUCGACGCUAGCACACCCUGGAACCUGUACACCUCGGACAUUAGCCCCGCAGCGGGCGUACCAUGGCGCGAGUAUAUCUGGACCUUAGCGGGCUGCACCCAGUACUACAACGCUACGCUUUACAGUCGAGGACAGUACCCACCCAUUUCGUUGGCGCAAGCUUGCAUUGAGCACGCCCAGGCUGCGAUCGGCCGAGCUGAGUACAAUCGCAAGAAGAGCCUGUUCCUAAGCAAGAACCCUGACUCCAAUCUGAUGUUGAAGGUACUGGAUUGGUUUGAUUCGUUCUCCGAAAAUAUCAUCGUCGAUACCUACACGGCAGCCAAUAUAGAGUUUUAUUACUGGCGUGGUGCACUUGCUCGCCCGCCUCGGUAUGCUGCUGAUUCUGCGUGGAGCCAUCGCGAUGAAAAAUGGUUGGUCCACAUCACGGGUCGCUUUCCUCAAGACGCCACGCCAGAGACAAUUGCGAAUGUAUACUAUGCGUUGGGAAUGCUUCAUAGCAUCUUCCUCAACGCUGAGAAGAGCACCACGACCCGCAUUCAGGACUAUCAGAAUUUCGCGGAUGGGUCCCUCAGCUACGAAGGUUGGAGCCACUUCUAUUUCGACCCACCUACGAUUGAACGCCUAUCGAAGAUCAAUUAUAAGUACAAUCCCAACGAUAUCUUUCGCAAUGAGUUGUCUGUUCCAUUGGACAGGCCUUGCGCAUCACGGUCUUCUAGCUCUUCUUCCAGACUGAUGUCCGCCGUGUUCAUCGUGAUGGUUUGCCUCUUGGCAGCCAGCACGUGGUGA